CUUUUGGUUGCCCUCUUUCAAUAUGCCGCGUUUCGACUAUACAGCCGCGAUCGAAGAACUACAAACCUUCCGAACAACCAAUGAACGCCGUUCAGAAUAUGUAGCAUCAGUAGGUGCACGUUUAAUUAGGGACAAAUAUAUUGAUAAACUUAAAGAUCAAGUAUGGCCCCUUUAUGAGCAAAUAACAAUUGCAGCUCUCGAUGUUGAAGAUUUCGAACUAGCACAACACUGUCUCGAUCAACUGCAGGCACGGUUUGGGGACAGUUCACUUCGACUACAACGAUUAAAGGGCAUGUUUUUGGAAGCACAAGGAAAACUAGACGAGGCACAAACGGUGUAUGAUAGCAUAUUGGAGAAGGAUGCAACUCAUUUGUUGGCUUCAAAACGUCAAAUUGUGCUCCUAAAGGAACGGAACAAGACGGAGGAAGCAAUUGCAGCCAUGACGGAAUACUUGGAUACCUACUACGAUGACCAUGAAGGAUGGAUUGAACUUUGCAACAUGUAUAUGGACCAACAUUACUAUGAACAAGCCGCAUUUUGCUGCGAGGAGCUGAUCAUUCUCCAGCCUGCCAACCACAUCUGGUAUCUCAAGUACGCCGAGAUUGUCUACACACUGGGAAACUGGUCGUUGGCAAUGAAGCAUUAUUGCAAGGUGUUGGAGUUGUGUACGGAUAAUGUGCGGGCACUCUAUGGCCUGCAGCUGUGUGCAUCCAAACUGACGGGUGCAGAUCAUGGAGGAGACCUACAUGCCCUUGCCACAGAGCGGUUACUUGCUGUGUACUCUAAACAACCCGAGCACGUUCGCCAGUUGGUCCAAGAUUACCUUGCUAAAUGAUGAUAAAAAUAACCAGAAGCCAACAUAUAUAAAGG